AUGGCUUCGCGGGAAAAGCGCGCACGCGCACAUACCAAAGAAAAGGAUGUGCCAAGCGUGAAGGAACGCAAAGAUGCUUUGUAUGCUCCUUUUCGUGCGCUGGGGUAUAUCACAAAUCAUGUGCCUUUUGUCCUGCAAGUGCGUUUUGGUGGUAAAGAUGCACAAACGCCUGAUGUAAAUGUGGUGACAUGCUUGGGUGAUACGUGGGCGAUGUGGAAUGCAGACCGCAUGACACUCCUAUUUGUGGGGCCUAUGUGUGCUGACUCCAUUACGGCUAUGGCCCAUUCCACCUCGCCUGAUAGCCUUCUUGUGGCUGCUGGUACGCGUGUUCAUCGCUAUGUUCGUGGCCACGAAGCGGCUAGGUACGCGACAGAGGUGGCAGAGGAAAAUGUAGCAGGGACAAUGCUUUCCUCCAUGAUUGUAUUUGGCGACUACAUUUGCGCUCUUGCUGCUGACGGUCGCCAGGCAUUUGUAUGGUCGCUGGGCACUACGGAGCUGAUCCAGACGCUGUCCUUUCACGAUGACUUUACCGCUUCCACAUUGCUUCAUCCCGCCACGUAUCUCAACAAAGUGAUCAUUGGAUCGUCGGAUGGUACGAUGCAGUUGUGGAAUAUUCGCACAGGCUCGCUUAUCCACACGUUUUCUUCUGACGAUAUUCGUGGCGGUAAAAUAUCUACUACCCAUGCUGGCAUUGUCUCUCUUACUCAAUCGCCUGCUGUGGAUAUUCUUGCUGUGGCAUUUGCGGAUGGUCUUGUCUCCAUCUUUGACAUACGUCAGGGCGAUAUGCUCUUCUCUGUACGUGUCGAAGGCACAUUGGGCGCAAACUGUGUAGCGUUCCGCACCGACAAUGUGGCUCACACCAUGGCGGUGGCUACACGUGCUGGCUCUAUCUCUCUAUUUGACCUGGAUGCGGCACAAGAAGAAGGACCUACCGGGGGUGCACCCCGCCUUCUUCACUCUGUCCAGCACGCUCAUGACGGUGCGAUUGGCGCCAUUGAAUUCGUGCCUGGCCAGCCUCUGCUCAUCUCGUCAGGCGCUGAUAAUGCCUUGAAGCAGUGGUUCUUUGAGUCGCCGACCUUGCCGCCGCGUGUGCUUAAAUCACGAUCUGGGCAUGCUCUCCCGCCGCACAUUAUCCGCUAUUACGGCGACGAUGGACGUGCGAUGCUCUCUGCUUCGCGAGACCGCAGUGUGCGUUGCUUGAGUGUUGUCCGUGAUAGCCGCUCGUUUGAGUUGAGCCAAGGAUCGAUCGCGAGCAAAUCCGCCAAACUGGCUGUAGAAGCGUCUUCUUUGAAACUGCCUGCCGUCUCUUCGAUGUCGUACAGCACCCUUCGCUCGCGUGAUUGGGACGACGUACUUACCACGCAUGCUGGUGACCGCUAUGCGCAUACGUGGACUGUUCGGGAUAAGCACAUGAACAAAGCCGUGCUUAGCGUUGCGCGCACGAAGAAGAGCACUGCUAUUGCUACAGCAAGCUGUGUCAGUGCCUGUGGCAAUUUCGCGCUGGUGGGCACCAGCGAUGGCCGUGUGGAAAUGUACAAUAUGCAAAGUCACAUGCAUCGGCGUACGUUUGCUACUCAGGGCAAGUCGCCUAUUUCUGAUGUGGUCUGUGAUGCUCUCAAUCAAAUGUGCAUUGCCAGCACACAAGAUGGCGUGCUGCACUACUUUGACUUUUUUAGUGCAGCCAAAACAGCAACAAGCUCUGUUUCGACUGGCUGUUCUGGCCUGCGUUUGCACCGUGAGUCGAACCUGCUUGCUGUGCUAGGUGACGACCUUGUACUGAGUAUCGUGGAUAUCGAGACUCGACGUGUAGCUCGUCGAUUCAGCGGGUUCCGUGGCCGUAUUCUUGAUGCCACUUUCUCCGCUGAUGGCCGCUGGCUUAUUGCUUGCAGUACAGACAGUGUCGUGCGUACUUUCGACUUGGCAACAGCACAGCUGAUUGAUGCUUUCCGUACGCCUAGCAUGGCCACCAGUGUGAGUUUCUCGCCGGCUGGCGACUUUUUGGCCACUGCUCAUGUCGACAGUGUCGGUGUACAUCUAUGGGUCAACCGUGCGCAGUUUACAUCUGUCGCGCUGCGUGCCCUGGAUAUGGGUGAUGUGGCGGAAGAGCGCGAGGCGGUGUUGCCCAGUGUGCAGGGCAUGUCUCUGGAGGACAGCGAGACAACCAACGCGGAUAUUGGCGAGCCAGAGCUUCAGCGAACGUAUACAAGUCCGCCGCAGCUCUCUGAUACAUCUGGCCCUCUUGUGACACUCAGUACGAUGCCGCGUUCACGGUGGAUGACCCUUCUCCACCUCGAUACCAUCAAGCGGCGAAAUAAGCCCAAGGAGGCACCGAAGAAGCCGGAGAAAGCACCAUUCUUCUUGGAUGCUUCAGCCCCCACUACAUCGGCCCCUGCCAAUGCUAGUCCUUUGGAGAAGCGCGCGCCUGUGGCGGGUGGACGUGAACUCAUGUUUGAAUCUGAUCUAGAGCGGCGCAUGCGUGUGGCCGUGGAGGCCGAAGACGUCGGUCCUCUUUUCACGUACUUGCACACGUUAUCUGCCCCCCAGCUCGAUGCAGAGAUUCGGGCUUUGGAUACGGCAGAGCAACAGACCCUCUUUUUGCAAGCCUUAGCGCUUCGUCUUCGAGUCAAGCUGGACUUUGAAGCUGUGCAAGCCAUGUUGCAGGUGUUCUUGGUAUGCCAUACGGAAUCGCUGCAAGCACAAGGCGUGCAUCCUGACCGUGAAGAAGAGGGACCUGGUACUGAAUUAGCAUUAGCUCUUCGUGCUGUGCUGGCGGAGCAGCGGAAGGAAGGCGCACGUGUCAUGGAAUCGUUGGACUACUGCCUCGGCACGCUGUCCUUCCUCCGCCACGUGCCCCUAACGUCGGUGUAA